CAUCAUAACACGAUCAGUUUGUUCAUCUCAAACAACAUGGCAUAUUUUAAGUUGGCCGCUUUGUUUUUGUGUAUCGUCGCGUUUACUAGUGCGUUACCCACACACGAUGAAGCGCGCGGUAAUUCAGUUCAAACCGAACACGACCUUUUGGACGCCGUUUAUAACGACUGCCUCAAAAAAGAUUCAAUUUCCUGUUUCAAAUAUAAAGUUUUCAAUUUUGUGGACAAGAUGCUCGGAAACAGGGACACAAUUACAGUGAUGGAUGGUGUUCAGUUCGUCAAAACUCCCGGUGGUGAACAAGAUGGUGCUCCUCGUGCUAUCAGCAGUGACGACACUAUAGAAUCUGUCUUAUUCAACAGGGUAACUUCAUUUUUGGGUUCCCACACAUUGAAAAUUGACUUGAAAGGUAGUGAAGUUGUCAAUGCAGUGCAAUCAACAGCCCGUUCUCUCAACGAAUAUGCCGAAUCUUUGGAGGAAGAAGAGAAUUUAAUUGAGGGUGCUAGUGAAUCAAGAAAAAAGAAAGGUGGUGGUAAGAAAGGAAAAGGACAAAUAGGAGCCUUAAUUGGAUUAGUUGCCCUUAAAGCCGCUAUCCUUGGAAAGCUUGCUCUUGCUGCUAUUGCUUUAAUCGCUGGUAAAGCUCUUAUUAUCGGAAAAAUUGCGUUGGUUCUCUCAGCUAUUAUUGGUCUGAAGAAACUCCUAGCAAACAGUGGUGGUAAUGGCAAACAUGUUACUUAUGAAGUUGUACCACAUGCAUCCCAUUCAUCAUCCCACAUUGCCACUCAUGAAACUGCCUAUGCUGGUUCUGGUCAUGGAGGCGGUUAUGGAGGAGAUGUCGGUGGUGGAUACAGCGGAGGCUCCGGAGGAUGGGGUAGAUCUCUAGAUGCACAAUCUUUGGCUUACAGGGGACAUCCACAAGUUCAAAAAGCGUAGGAACCUUAAAAUGGUUCUAGUACCUGCCAAAACUCAGCGAACUUAGACUUAGUCAUUUAAAACGAUACAA